AUGAACAGCAAAAGUAAAAGUAGCAAGAAUUAUAUUCUCUUUAUUCGACGGCUAUCAGAUUAUGUUGUAAAGUUAAUUAUUCUAUUAUUUAAAGUUGUUCGGUUUACCAUUUCUUUGGCAAUAAACACGCGGACGAGUUGGUUGACUCAAUUCGUCAUCAAUGGUGUCUUCUAUCUCACUACUGGAUUCCACAGUAUCAACAGACUCUACUUCUGUGUCAGUACCUCCCAAGUUAUCCGAUUCCUUCUCUUUUCAUCAGCAGACUGUACUUCUGUGUCAACACUUUCCAAGCUACCACAAUCCAUAUUGGAGUUUUCAGUACCAGUCCCCUCAACCCUCUAA